GCAACCGGUCAGCUGCGCCGUAUUACAAGACUUCCUGGUCUGAGACUGUGAUCGAUGCAGUCUCCGUGAUAAAUGAUCGUAAAUGCGGGACGGUUUUCGUGCGCACGAACGUAGAUUUCAGUAUUAAAUCUCCGGUUGACCCGCAGCAGCGAACAUGAACACGGAGAAGGACUUCUCGCCGCUGACGCCCAACAUCGUGAGGGCGCUGAAUGACAAACUGUACGAGAAGAGGAAAGUCGCAGCUCUAGAGAUUGAGAAGCUGGUGCGGGAGUUUGUGGCUCAGAAUAACUCCACUCAGAUCAGACAUGUCAUCCAGAUCCUGGCCUCGGAGUUUGCUCUCUCCCAGCACCCCCACAGCCGGAAGGGGGGUCUCAUCGGACUGGCAGCUUGCUCCAUCGCCCUCGGUAAGGACUCGGGUCUGUAUCUGAAGGAGCUCAUUGAGCCUGUACUCACGUGUUUUAAUGACUCAGACAGUCGUUUGCGCUACUAUGCGUGUGAAGCCCUCUAUAACAUAGUGAAGGUGGCCAGGGGAGCCGUGCUGCCCCACUUCAACCUGCUCUUUGAUGGACUCAGCAAGCUGGCAGCAGAUCCAGACCCCAAUGUGAAAAGUGGGUCUGAGCUCCUGGACAGACUGCUGAAAGACAUUGUGACGGAGAGUAACAAGUUCGACUUGGUGGCGUUUGUCCCCCUGCUCAGAGAGAGAAUCUACUCCAAUAACCAGUAUGCUCGCCAGUUCAUCAUUUCCUGGAUCCAUGUUCUGGAGUCUGUGCCGGACAUCAACCUGCUGGACUACCUCCCUGAGAUCCUGGACGGGCUCUUCCAGAUCCUGGGAGACAACAGCAAGGAGAUCCGCAGGAUGUGUGAGGUGGUGCUGGGCGAGUUUCUGAAGGAGAUAAAGAAAACCCCCUCCAGCGUGAAAUUUGCGGAGAUGGCCAACAUCCUUGUCAUCCACUGCCAGGUAGCAGACGAAACAAAGCUCACAAACGACCUGAUCCAGCUGACGGCUAUGACCUGGAUGAGGGAGUUUAUCCAGCUCGCAGGUAGAGUGAUGCUCCCGUACUCCUCCGGCAUCCUCACCGCGGUGCUGCCUUGCCUCUCCUACGAUGACAGAAAGAAGAACACCAAAGAAGCGGCCAGUGCCUGUAAUCACAGUCUGAUGAAGCUGGUGACUCCUGAGGACGAUGAGGAGGAGGAGGAGGAGAAAAGUGGAAGCACGGAGUCGCCGUCGAGAGAAGACGGCCAGCCAAAGUCGGAGGCAGACGGCAAUGAUAUGCUGAAUGCGUCACAAGAAUCUGUUGGUCUCAGUAAUAUCAGCUUCUUCACGCCAACGAGUGUUGACAGGCCUCUGGUCACUCUGGACCUGGAUGGUAUUGUUCAGGUGUUGGACCGGCACCUCCACGACUCCUCCACUGGCAUGAUGACCCGCAUAGCCGUGCUGAAAUGGGUUUACCACCUCUACAUCAAGACACCGCGCAAAAUGUUCCGCCACACGGACAGCCUGUUUCCCAUGCUGCUGAAAACACUAUCUGACGAGUCCGAUGAGGUGAUACUGAAAGAUCUGGAGGUGUUGGCUGAGAUAGCGUCAUCUCCUGCCGGCCAGACGGACCAAGUCGGCUCCUGCGACAGCACUGACCACAAACUGGAGCUCAAGGUCCCAGAGAGCGCCAAGCUGGGACAGCAGCCCAGCACAGGCUCCAAAGCAGUGGACUCGUCCCCCUCCACUCCCAGUAUGAACUCCUACUUUUACAAGUUCAUGAUCAACCUGCUGAAACGCUUCAGUCUGGAGAGGAAGCUUCUGGAGAACAGAGGAGCUUUCAUCAUCCGGCAGCUCUGUCUGUUGCUUCAUGCCGAGAACAUCUUUCAUUCCAUGGCUGACAUCUUGCUGAAGGAGGAGGACCUCAAAUUUGCCUCCACCAUGGUCCAGACUCUCAACACCAUCCUGCUCACGUCGGCUGAGCUCUUCCAGUUACGCAACCAGCUGAAGGACCUGCGCACUCAGGAGAGCUGCACUUUGUUUUGCUGCCUGUAUCGUUCCUGGUGCCACAACCCUGUGGCCACCGUGUCACUCUGCUUCCUCACGCAGAACUACAAGCACGCCUACGAUCUCAUCCAGAAGUUUGGAGACCUGGAGGUGACGGUAGACUUCCUGAUGGAGGUUGACAAGCUGGUCCAGCUCAUCGAGAGCCCCAUUUUCACCUACCUGCGCCUGCAGCUCCUGGACGUGGAGAACAACCCUUACCUGAUAAAGGCACUGUAUGGCCUGCUGAUGCUGCUGCCACAGAGCCAGGCCUUCCAGCUGCUCUCCCACCGCUUGCGGUGCGUCCCCAACCCAGAGCUCAUGAGGACAGUUGAUGAAUCCAAGUAUAUGGACUCUAAACUGCAAGUGGCCUCCAAACGUGCCACUCACACUCAGAUGGAUUACACUGAGCUGCUCCAGCACUUUGACCGCGUUCAGAGCAAACACCUGGAGGUCCGACACCAGCGCUCUGGACGUGCCUCUGACCACCCCGACAGGAAGCUGAUGUGAGGUCAUUGUGCCAUAUCUGACCCCGAGGGACAGCAGCAGGCAAGAGAAAAAUGUUACUGGCAAGAGCAGUAUAGUAUAAAGUUGUACUGGAAAUGAUUAUUAAGAUGCUAUUGAAUCCAAAAAGUGUUAAGUGUGAUUAAAACCUGUCUCAUAAGAGAAGCACUGGGUACACAAUGUCAAAAACAACUCAUGUUUGUACUUAUAUGUAUGUAUUUCUUUGCCAAUAAUGAGGAGAAUAUUCUGUAACAUAUGAAAAAGAACAUUUUAAACAGGUUUAACACACGUCACACUGCACAGACCACUCAAAGUUAUUAAUUUCCUGAAAGAUUUGAAGGAUGUACAUAAAAUCUCAUGCAUCAUAAAUUGUCGUGGUGAUAAUACGGUCAUAUCCCGAGUUUUCAUGAUUCACUAUCAGCAGUUAAGAUUUGUUCCAGGCAAGUGAAAUGGUCACAGCACCUCAAGUGGAUCUGAUUUGCAUUUCACUGUUAAUACUUCUGUCAUUCAGUGUCCAUGUGAAACACAGUACUUUCACGGUGUAUCCGGUCGAGCAGCACGGAUAGCGCAUGCGUUCAGGGAUUGCCUUAAUAUCUCGUCAGCCAGUAAAACAAAUCUCACAUGUAGAUUAUCGAGCCAGCUCAAGUGAGAGUUCAAACUUUGGAAGCCAUGGAUGACUGAACUGUGGCACAGAUUGUGGGCUCAUGUUGUUGUGUCACCUCUUGUUUCUCAGAAAGUUUACCAUACUUUUAAUUGUAUUUCUUUCUUUUCUUCAAAAUGUGUGUAUUUCUUUGCACGGUGUCCAUUUGUCUUAAAAAAAAAAGAUUCACUCUUUGUCAUUCCUCUGUGAAAAUCAAUAAAGUGGACCAUGUGAUCAAAAACAUUCUUUUUAUUUUAUACAUA